ACAAAAUGAGGAAUGCUGUCAAAAGGGGGAACGACUCGCUGUAGAGCCAGUACUCGUUUACAGGCGAAGACGACAAGUCACCAAUGGUUGGUUGGCCCCCUUCGUGAGAAUACCCUCUGAUGUCAUACCGUACAAGACUUUUACCACCAGAAGAGAAUAUGUAUGGGC